UACUCCUGACUCCAGGGCCGGUGCUCUAUCCACUGCGCCACCUAGCUGCCCCCUGGGCUACAUAGUCGAGGAAUGAGGAAGGACUCCACGGGGGGUGGGGUGAGGGAACUAGGUAUCCUCCCUUUUGGGGUGGUACUGAGGUAACACCUAAUUCUUCCCCACACUCCUUGCUAAGAAGGGGAUUCCCGGUACUUGCCUUUUAGGGGAAAGUGAAACUGAAAGGAGAACCUUCUAGCGGCAGCAGUAGCUGCUGGAAGGGCUUGGGAGAGGAGCUAUGAAGCCACAGUGCCUGCUCCUGGCCAUAGGCGCCCUGGCUGUCAGAUGGUGUACAGCCCGUCCAGGACCCUCGGUGUUGGAGUGCUGGUUUGUGGAAGAGCAGGGUGGUGGGGGGGGUAUGCUUCGGGGAGUGACUAAGCGACCUGCUGCACUGCUGCUGAGACACGGGCCUGGGGAGCCCCCACCAAGGCCUGACCUUGACCCUUCACUCUACCUAAAAGUUUAUGAUCCUGCUGGAUCCCUUGGGGACUCCCUGAAGGGGUCAGUAGUCCCAAGCUGUGAGCUGAAUCGCUAUGUCCCAAGCCCUGCAGCUUCAGACUGGGCAGCUGGCCUAACCCCUGAGCCUCACUCUCCUCGGUCCUUGGAUGGGACUUGGCUGGUGGUCAGCUUAUCUAGCCCCCAAGUUCGCCUUUCCAGCCUCCUGCAGCUGCCUCAGCCCCAGCCUGUCCCUUCCUCAGUUACCAUAGCAACAGCUGUCCUGACAGUCCUCUCUCGUUCUCCUGUUGCCGUGGUGAGGCCCAGUGAGAAUGCCACGUUGGACCUGAGUUUUACUUACUCGCCUCCCAACUCCGCUGCUUCCCCCUCUUCCUUGGGCCCCCCUCCCUUCGGGCUGGAGUGGCGGCGCCAGCAUCGGGGGAGUGGACAGCUACUCUUGGCCGUGACUCCAGGACUGGGCGGCCAGGCACUAGGGUCUCCGAAGGGAGCAGUGGUAUUUGCUGCCUGGGAUGAGGAAGGAGUGGAGGGCCCAUGGAGUGGUAAUGGCACCCUGCUGCUGCCCAUAAUACAACCUCACCAGGAGGGUACUUACCUGGCUACAGUCCACCUUCCUCACCUGCAGGCCCAAGUAGACCUGAAGCUGGAAAUACGGAAGCCCCCAAAAGUGACCCUGAGCCCAUCACCUGUGGUCUGGGCAUACCCAGGGCAAGCUCUGCCAGAACUCCUCUGCCUCAUUUCCCAUUUCUACCCCCCGGAGGACCUAAAAGUAGCCUGGGAGUUUCGGAAUGGUUCAGAAGGAGGGAGCAGGGUGGUAGCUGGCCAAACCUGGCGCUCCAGCUACCGCUAUCACCCCGAUGGCACCGUCAGCAUCUCCGAAUACUUGCGCCCACCCCCAGUUACAGUGGAGCAGCAUGGCUCCCGUUAUGCCUGCAGGGUCCACCACUCCAGCCUGCAAGCCAAAGGACUUAGCGCCCAGGUGUCUCUAGAAGUGGCGGGUGUUUCUGGGCCUUCCUUGGAAGAUGGAGUAGGGUUGUUUCUCUCAGCAUUUCUCCUUCUCGGGUUCAUCAGAGGAAUAGGGUGGGCCGUGUCCUUCCUGUCUCCAUCCACAGAUACAAACGAAAAGAAAUCCCAAUGAGAGAAAGACCCGACUGCUUAAAGCUCCAGAGAGUCCUGGCAGAUGGAGAGAUGGAUGGGAGGUGAUUUGGGGUAGGGGAACGUGUGUUUGUCAUGAGAAUAAAGUUGGGUUAGAUGGA